UUGAGUCUACUAUUCUGGAAUAUAUAUUUGAUCUUGACAAAGAAUAUCGGAAUCAGACAUGAUGAUUGUUCGGAAUUAUUGUCACCAGCUGCAGAAGAUCAAAUUGAUGAAGAAGUUCGGAUUGAGGAGCAUCAAGUAUAAGUUUUCAAUAUUUUCAUGAAGGGUGCGGCAAUUUUUUGGUCCUUUAGCUUUGACGAAUAAAUAUGUUACGUAAAAUAUGAUUUUCCUAUGCUCACACAUUACGAAAACCAGAUAUGCAUUCUCUAUUCAUUCAAAUUUUCGACCAAAGACUGUUGUUACAAGCAAGCAAAAAAAUAGUUGUCUGCAACAUUCCGUUUUUUCUUCUUCUUCCAUCAACUAAUACACAUUUUCGCAUAAUUCUUCUCCUUCUUCUUCCAUCUUUUUUGUAUUAUUUGCAUUGUCCGCGCGGAUCCGAAAAAGUGAUCACUUGAGCACACACAUUUUAUCAUUCUCAAAAUGCGAGAUGAGUGGCGGUCGAAAUAUACACACAAUGUUUAUGAAAUGACCUUCUCCUUCUUCUUCUUCUUUUCGUUUAUCAUCUUUUUAGUGUUGCUCUCAUGUUUUUGUUGCUGCUGGGUGCUCACAAGGAAAUGUUGUGUCUCGAGACGAGACAGGUACAAAUUGGAUGGAUGGAUAAGUGGAGAAUGGAACAAGAAGGAAUGUGGUGGUGAAAUUUGGAAAAAGUACAACAUUCUUGUGAAACAACAAACACUUUGAACUAAUUUGGGAAAUACACGUAAGAAGAAAGUUUUCUUGGAAAACUGACCUGAGCUAGUGCUCUUCUGGAAUUUGUUUCUGAAUUCAGUACUCAAGAUGAUAAAAACAAAAAAAAGUUGGAACAGUGCCAUCGAAAUCAGUUUGAAGAAAAUAUUUCCCUCGGAGAUUUUUUGGUCGUAUUAUGAAAAAAAAAACCCAAAACUGGCCUGAAAAUCGCUCCAUCAUAAAAGAAUCCGAAAUCACCAAAUCCUCGCUGGAACAUUUCGAAAAAUGAAAUAAUUUUCACACUAUCAAAUUAACGUGGCAACAAAUGUCACGUGAAUAAUAAAAUCUUGAAAUGAAACUAUGAACGCUUACAGUUCUACAGUAUUCAGGAGUUUCUGUCACACCUCGGCGAAUCCGUGGCUGGCCAGAGUACAAUUUUUUUUUCAAAAACUGAAAAAAUCACAGCUUUCAGAGGACAAAAACUGAAAAAUUCACAUUUUUCACACUGGAAAAAGUUAGCGUACAAUUUUUUAGUUUGGAAACCACGAUUUUGGCCUAGGUGUGGUUUCUGUAGUUCUUCCUGAUCUACUUCUAUAAUUUAUUCCAAAAGUUGUUUCUCCCCAAACCUCAGAUCUUGAGAAUAUCGUCAUCAUACUUGAGAUAUAACAUUGAACCUGUCUCUUCCUGAUUAACCGUAUUCCUCUAGAAUCAUAAACGAGUCCAGGAAGAUCAAAAUGUAGAUGCACUCAACUCAUAAAUAAUCCCCGUAGGAGUCACAUGCCUCCCCCUCAAAUAAAAAUUGUCCCCUCUUCCGAAGACCGUGUUUUUCCGUGCCUAUCAAUUGUUUCUAUUUGUACAAUUCUACAAAAAUCCCGGAAACGUUGAUCAACGCACUAUUAUUUUUAUUUUUAUUUAUUCGCGCCGAGCCUUUCUCUCUCCAGACCUGUCGUUUUGCGGCUAUUUGCGGCCCUUGGGCCAGCCAUUUGAAGGGCCGGCCUAGCCAGCCCAAAUAGGGAAAAUGGGCUGGCUCAGCCCGGCCUUUCAAACAAAUUUUAUUGUGUAAAUCCACUAUUUUUCAAUGGUGUUUCUUUCGAAUUUUUGCAUUUUGGCGGAAGAAAAUUGGCGUAUCUCGUGUUUCUGAUGGUGGAUUGAUAAUAAAAGUAAAAUUUAUUGAAAUUCAUGUGUUUCACCAUUACGAUCCUGCACCAAAACAGUACUGCGAAGAAAUAUUGGUGCACUAACACCAAUUUAAGUUAUUCUGAUUUACGAAAUUCGCCCAAAUGCAGAAAACACAGCCUCCACACCUGCGUGAAGUCUGCGUCUCACUCUCUCGUCGUUCGCUGAGUGAGAUGGAGCGCGUUUGCUGCACUCACUUUUUUCCAUUGAAAAAAAACUUUUUCUUUAUUUUUUCGUGUUUUUUGGUCGCCACGAUUUUUUUCUGCGCUAAUACGAAGCUAAACUUCAAAAUAGAAGAGAUUUGGAAGACAGAGAUAUAUAAAACAUCUCAUAUCGAGUCGAAAUUCAAGGAGAACAUUCGAGCGGAAAAGUGAGUGUUUUUUCAACUUUUUUGACUUCAAAUUUUUGAGCAAGAAAAAUAGUUUUACAGGUUAUGGGACAUCUACAGAAGCGCACGUUGAGAAGGAGAAUUGUUCAAAAAAUCAAAAAACUCCAGAAUACAGCUCUUUGCGUUGUCCGAAAAUAUGA